AUGAACAAUCUAAUCGAGCGACAUCGUUCCUACCGCAUGAAACGAGGCCGCAAUGAACGAGAAGCAACAGAAGAUGCCAUGGUUCAUCUAUCCCGUCACGGAGGAAAGGUCUUCGUAGAUGGUAUCAGACGCAUGAAAAUGCGAGAAUUACUUGGUAAACGAGAAGAUGUCUACUAUGGUAGAAAGAAUUGUGUCGGUCUUGGAGAAUUGAAAAAUGGUUCAGGACAUAUAUUUCAUCUUCCGACUGAUGCGAGACGAGUCAAUUAG